AUGGAGGAAGGUACUCACAAAUUUACAAAUUACAAAAUUCAAAAUCCGGAACAGUCAACUAUUAAUAAAAAGCACUUUCCUAAACUCUUGAACGAAUUAUUAAAAAAUAUUAAUCUCAGAGAAAGUAAUAAUAUUAAAAGUGGAUUUAGAGCCGCGGGAAUAUGGCCAGUUAAUGCCCGAAAUGUUUUGAAACGAAUACCUGAGUAUUUUGACGAAGAAGUGUACAGAAUAGAUUCAGCUUUAUUAGAAUACCUACAAAAAACAAGGUGUUCUAAACCAAUGGCAGUGAAAAGGAGUAAGAAAUUACGUACAGAACCAGGCAAGUCAGUUUGUGCCGCCGAUAUUUUAAUAAAAACAACUAGUAACAAAAGUGUUCAAAAUAAGAAAUCCAAAAGAUUUGAAAACUAUCAGGAUAAUUUUAAUGAUAUAGAAAGCAGCAGGCAAGAUUGUGAGAUAAAUAUAUUAGAAGAAGUGACUACUGAAAGAGACAUAGAAGAAAAUGAGCUCGUAUUGGAUGAUAAAAUAGGAUUUUUUUUAAAAAACACACCUGAACAUAUUGAAACUACUCAGAAGAUAGAACAUGAAGGUAUAUUUUUUCCGUCCAAUAAAUCUAACGAAAUGCCUUCGACAUCAAAUGAAAAUGUUUAUGGAAAUAAUUUACAAAUGUUCCUAUGGUGA